AUGUUCUUCUCUCUCAAUGAAAUAGUGCAAUGGAUUGGACUAACUGUGUUUGAAAUAUGGAUUAAUUUGAUAACAAUCACAAUUUUCUCUGCCCUGUUAGCUCUUAAAAUAGAUGGUGUUGUUAAUAGUGCUUGGUGGACAGUAUUUGCACCAUUGUUUGUGAGUGAUGCAAUGAAUGCAUAUUUUUGUUGUAUUGUUUGCAUUCGGAUGACAUUACAGAGUUAUAAAGCCUCAAUAUACAGAGCUUGUUGGAGUUGUAUAUUCCUUGGUUUAACUUUUGUAUUCAAAUUUUUAUUAUGCCGGAAGCUUCAAGGUGAUUCAGCCAUAGAAUACAGUGAAGUUUUUGCACCAUUAUUUAUAUUGCUACAGUUAAUAGCUGUAAGGGCUUGUCAAUUACACCAGUAAUUAAGUA